AUGUUGGCCUCGCUGAUCAUCUUCAUUGCUCUUCUCUGCAACUACGUCCCCAAUGCGACUGUCUACGCCUUAAACGACGAGGGAUUCGCGCUCUUGACGUUCAAGCAGAGCGUGCACGACGACCCCACGGGUUCUCUGAGCAAUUGGAACUCAUCGGACGACGAUGCCUGCUCGUGGAACGGCGUUACCUGCAAAGAACUCAGGGUGGUCUCUCUAAGCAUCCCAAGGAAGAACCUUUACGGCUCUCUCCCUUCUUCUCUAGGGUUUCUCUCCAGUCUCCGUCACUUGAAUCUCCGGAGCAAUAGGUUUUACGGGUCGUUGCCUUUUCAGCUUUUCGAGCUUCAGGGACUCCAAAGUUUAGUCCUUUACGGCAAUUCCUUCGACGGGUCGGUCUCCGGCGAGAUCGGCAGGCUCAAGCUUCUUCAGACCUUAGAUUUGUCGCAGAAUCAUUUCGCCGGCUCGUUGCCGCCGUCGAUUCUGCAAUGCAACAGGCUGAGAACUCUCGACGUCAGCCGAAACAACUUCUCAGGCUCAUUGCCUCAUGGGUUUGGCUCAGCGUUCGUCUCUCUGGAGAGACUCGACCUCGCCUUCAACCAAUUCAACGGUUCGAUUCCCGGCGACAUCGGAAACCUCUCUAACCUCCAAGGAACCGCUGAUUUCUCUCAUAAUCGCUUUUCCGGCUCGAUCCCGCCUGCUCUCGGUGACCUGCCUGAGAAGGUUUACAUCGAUCUCACUUUCAAUAACCUCUCCGGUCCGAUUCCUCAAACCGGUGCUCUGAUGAACAGAGGACCAACGGCGUUUAUCGGCAACACAGGGCUAUGCGGACCUCCGUUGAAGGACAUUUGCCCAGGAGAUGAGCUCGGCCUUAACGCCUCUUACCCUUUUAUCCCAAGCAACAACCCAACCAACGACUCCGAUAGUAGCUCCGAAACGAAACAGAGAUCAAGCGGUUUGGGCAAGAAAGCCGUCAUUGCCAUUGUUCUUUGCGAUGUUAUCGGGAUCUUCUUCGUGGGUUUGCUUUUCACUUACUGCUACUCAAAGCUCUGCGGUGGUGGUAGCAGCGAGAACCAGUUGAAAGAAUCCAAGAAAAGGGCUGCUGCUGCGGAGUGUCUGUGUUUCCGGAGAGACGACUCGGAGACGCAAUCGGAGAACGUGGAGCACUGCGACAUUGUGGCGCUUGACGCUCAGGUAGCGUUUAACCUGGAUGAGCUGCUAAAGGCGUCGGCUUUCGUUCUCGGGAAGAGCGGAAUCGGCAUUGUGUACAAAGUGGUUCUAGAGAACGGCCUCACACUCGCCGUCCGGAGGUUAGGCGAAGGAGGGUCUCAGAGAUUCAAGGAGUUUCAGACGGAAGUUGAAGCCAUAGGGAAACUUAGACAUCCCAACAUUGCUAGUCUUCGAGCUUAUUAUUGGUCUGUUGAUGAGAAGCUUCUCAUCUACGACUAUGUUUCCAACGGUAACCUCGCAACCGCCCUCCACGGCAAGCCAGGGAUGAUGGUGAAUGUAGCUCCGUUGACAUGGUCGGAACGGCUGAGGAUAGUGAAAGGGAUAGCGACAGGGCUAGUGUAUCUGCACGAGUUUAGUCCAAAGAAAUACGUCCAUGGAGAUCUCAAGCCAAGCAACAUUCUCAUCGGACAGGACAUGGAGCCUAAGAUCUCUGAUUUCGGACUAGCAAGGUUGGCUAACAUCGCUGGAGGAUCUUCUCCGACGGUACAGUCAAACAGAAUCAUCCAGACGGAAGAGAGGCAGCAGCAACACCAUCACAAGAGCGUGUCUUCGGAGUUCACAGCUCACUCUUCCUCUGGCUCAUACUAUCAGGCACCGGAGAGUCUUAAGAUGGUAAAGCCGUCUCAGAAGUGGGAUGUAUACUCUUAUGGAGUCAUUUUACUGGAACUGAUUGCGGGUAGGUGUCCGGUAGUGGAGGUUGGGACAUCGGAAACGGAUCUUGUUCGGUGGGUACAGUUGUGCAUUGAGGAGAAGAAACCAUUGUGUGAUGUUCUUGAUCCUUGUUUAGCUCCUGAGGCAGAUAAGGAAGACGAGAUCGUCGCUGUUCUUAAGAUUGCAAUCACUUGUGUGAAUAGCAAUCCUGAGAAAAGGCCUACUAUGAGACACGUUUCCGAUUCUCUCGACAGAUUACCAGUGGCUGGCGAUUGA